AUGACGCUCGAGGUCCGUGCGACGCAUGAGACCAUCGGCGUGGAACUCGGGCAGCGCACCAAGGGCUUCGUCGAGGGCCUCGGCUUCGCCAUCGACGCGAUUGUCUUGGACGUUAAGGCCGAUGGCGGCAAGGGCUGCGGCACAGGGCGCAGUGGCGCCAUCCACGCCUCCCAGAAGGUAUCCGUCUCCAGGAGGAUCGUGGACGACGGCUGGAGCUUCUGCGACGAGGUGAUCGAGGAGGCCCCGCAGGGCUGGUGGGGCACGGCGCUGCCGCCAGCGGACUGGCGAGGGGGCGAAGCCGCCUGCCUCGCCGCCGACCGCGGAGUUGCAGAUGCGCAGCCAGCAGGAGGGGGAACUCAACGCGGAGAUCCUCCCCCGGGGCACGCGCAGGCGCCGACGAAGGAGAAGGACCCGUCCGGUUUCGAGGAGGCGGUGGAGGCCAUCGCAGCGAAGAAGGACAAGAACAAGGACAAGGCGCGGGAGAAGCGCAGACGCAAAAGGGCUCGGGAGUCUUCGAGUUUAAGAGCGAGCUCGCGCUCCCGCGCCAAGAAGAAGGGACAUACAUCCAAGAAGGACAAGAAGUCCAAGAACGAGAGCAAGGGCAAGCACACUCGCAGGUCGCCGUCGACGUCGCUGGUGGACCGUUCCCAGGCGGCCAAGAGAGGCGUGCCCAUUGCCCGAGUCUCGAAGUGGAGGUGCGGGAUGUUCAGAUUUGUGAAUUUCGGUAUCAGGGCGAUGUGCUGGGAGUGCAGCUCUCCUCCCCCGCCCGAGGUCAAGAGGCUCCAGGAGGCCAUGGGUCAGGACACUUGCGCGCUGACGGCUGCUGAAGUCACCCAGUUCUGCCUCAUUGUAAUGGACGAGGCGAUCGCUGGCUGGAGGCGUGUUGCCAUGGGUUUAGGCGACAUCGCCGACGCGGAGGUCGAGGGCGCUGGCGACGAGGCCGACGCGCCCAGCAUUCGGAGCGACUUCUAUGACAAGUACCACGGCGCAAAGCGUUGCGACGGUUUGGCGAUUUUUGAGAGUGAGUUCUGGGGUCUCGACACCUUGCAGAAGGGUGGAGGCUUACAGGAUGAGGAGGGGUUCGAGGUCACGCACGCGGUGGAGGUCAGCAGCAGUUUCGGGGGGCUGCGCGACGGCGAUGUCUUGAAGAAAAGCCAAGGCUGCGACGUCGAGGAGUGCAACAGCAAGAAGAUCAUUGAGAUGUCGGAGGUGGCGGAGAGCAUCGUCAGCCUCUCCGCGGUGACGUCCGACGAGCGCGGCGCCGACGAUGACCGUGAGGGGGCCCGUAUCGCGCAGGGUCGGGCGGAGGCGUUCGUCCGCGUCGCGACCCAGUUUCGUCCUGGAGGAGUGCGUCUUCCGCUCUCGGCUGGCAAGUCCAAGGGCACGGGCGGCGCCGGCGCUAGGGGCUUCAAGGUGCUAGGCAAGUUCUACCAGUCGGAGGGUGACAUUCCCACCGAGGCUCUCCUGCAGCUCGCGGAGGUGAGGUUCGGGGCCCCCAUUGCCUCCAAGUUGCGCGAGGCCUUCGGCUAG